GGUACCACCACCACAGUGCUUUUACAGCUGAUACAAGAACAUAAGAUGCCUUUUUAAUCUGGUUUUGUUAAACGAGGUGGCCAUUGACUCUUCCCGAGUUCGGAUACCCCGGACUCACGCGUACGACGAGCUCGAACGUGCACGGAUCAGGACUCCUCGACACGACAAUGCCAUCAAUGCACAAACCCAGAAGUCGCAAACCCUCGCCGGUGAUAUCUCGAAGCACUCCUCUCCAAGACAUUUUUAGUCCUCUACAAAAUGUCUCGGUAUACUACCUAAUCCUCCCAAUCAUCCUCCUCGUCACAUUCCUGAUACGAUGUGCCGUGGGACUGGCUCCCUACUCGGGGUAUCAAGCACCACCAAUGCACGGAGACUUCGAGGCUCAACGACAUUGGAUGGAGGUCACCACCCAUCUCCCCAUGCGCGAGUGGUACUUCCAUGACCUUGAUUGGUGGGGCUUGGACUACCCACCACUUACAGCGUACCAUUCUUGGCUGUGCGGAUUCAUCGGUAAACUCAUUUACCCGGCAUGGUUUGAGUUGUACACCUCCCGAGGAUUGGAUGAAUACAAUUUGAAGGUAUUCAUGCGUGCGACGGUAUUGGCGUCAGAGUAUUUGGUGUACGUCCCGGCUGUUUGGGCGUUCGUCAAGAUUUACAAUACGAAAGACACUCCUGCUGAUCGUGGGAUGUGGGCAUUGAUGAUCCUGCUUCAACCUGCGUUGAUCCUGAUCGAUCAUGCGCACUUUCAGUAUAAUGCCGUCAUGCUUGGGUUCACCGUCGUCGCGAUGAACGCUUUGUGGAAUGAUCAGAUCGUCAUCGGUUCCGUGUUCUUUGUUGCGGCGUUGUGUUUUAAGCAGAUGGCUCUGUAUUACGCUCCAGCGAUCUUCGCAUACCUCCUCGGCACCUGCGUAUUCCCGCGCCUCAACUUCCAACGUCUCGUCAUCCUCGGGGUCGCAACUCUCAGCACGUUCGCUAUCUUCUUUGCGCCGUUCAUUCUUACGGGAACCACAGGUCAAGCCUUAUUCCGCAUCUUCCCAUUCGCACGCGGACUCUGGGAAGAUAAAGUCGCGAACUUCUGGUGUACCGCAAACUCCUUCAUCAAGUUCCGCACCCUCUUCACCUCAACCCAACUCCAGCGUCUCUCCCUCCUGGCAACACUCGUCGCAAUUCUCCCACCUUGCGUGAUCCUCUUCCUCUACCCUCGGCGCAGGUUGUUGCCGUUAGGGCUGUCAGCGUCUGCAUGGGGUUUCUUUUUGUUUUCGUUUCAGGUGCAUGAGAAGAGUGUUUUGCUCCCUUUGAUGCCUGCAACAUUGUUGCUUGCGUCAUCAGGUAACGACUACAACCGCAAGUCUUGGGUAGGAUGGGUCAACAAUGUCGCUGUCUUCAGCAUGUGGUCUCUCCUCCGCCGUGACGGCCUCGGGCUGCAAUAUACCGUCCUACUGUUUAUGUGGAACUGGCUUGCAGGAUUCUGGGGUCUCCCGGAUAAUUGGGUUGGGAAGUUGGUCCACGUCGUGACCUACGCGGGAAUAUUGGGAAUGCAUGUAGCAGAGAAGUUCUUUGAGCCGCCUGCGAAGUGGCCAGAUGUGUGGGUGCUUGGAAAUGUCACGUUGAGCUUUGGGGCAUUUGUGGUAUUCUGGCUGUGGACAUUGCUGAGGAUGUGGGAGGUAGCGAGGAAGCCUGUGGUGAAGGAGAAGAUGAAGUAG